CCUCCGUCCUGCUCCCGCUGAUGGGCUCUCUCGCGGCUGAGCUCCCCUCACCUGGAUGCUUGUUCCCAGCAGAAUGAUCCGCUUGGCUGGCCAGGCCGCUCGCUUCGCCUAAUCCCCCCGGGCUGCAACAUCGCGGCGGCCAAGAAGCGAGAAAGAGUGGGCGAAGGAAGACGCGAAUCCUCGGCAGCUCUGGCGUGAAGCGUCCUCUACUUCUGGGUGUGACCUUCAGAAGCAGAAUGAAUCAGGAAAGCAAACAACCUGCCAAGCCACAGUAGCUCCUGUUUACACAGAGUUGCUGAUCCUCCAUGAACCGACUGUUGACGUCCCUGCCUGGCUGAAGGGGACAAAAGGGAUGGAAAAGCAGUGCUGAGAUCAAAGCUAUUAUGCAAUGCUUUGCGGGGGAGGAUACAACUGAAAUUAAAAGCACCACCAUAUCUGCACAGAAUUCUGGGAUUCCUUGUGCAUCACAUGUCUCUAAAGAAACAGUUACGCUUGCAUGAUUGACUGGACAAAUUGGGCAGAUUUUUUAAUUAAUGCUUUAACACGAUACUUUACCAUAGAAACACACCCGGUGAGAAAUAAAUCGGCGUGUGUACCUAGAAACCAACAUGGAUGAUGGACAUAGAAACAGGGUGAAUCAGAUUUCCAGUGACUACCAGUACCAAGAUGGCGGCUAUGAAGGCUAUGGCCCUACCAAUGGCUACGACCAAGAUGCAGAGGAUCAUGGCCAAGAGGAAGACGCUCAAAGUGAUGCCACCGAAGGCCAUGAUGAAGAUGACGAAGUCUAUGAGGGGGAGUACCAGGGCAUCCCCCAUCCUGACGACCUCAAGGCCAAGAAGAAGAAGAAAUCUCCGAGGAUGUCGGAUGAGUAUAGAGAUGAGGCCGAACUCAUGGCAGAGAAGAUGGAAGACGAGGAGCAGCUGGCUCACCAGUACGAGAAUAUCAUUGAGGAAUGCAGCCACGGGCGUUUCCAGUGGCUGCUCUUCUUUGUCCUGGGCUUGGCGCUGAUGGCAGAUGGCGUGGAGGUGUUCGUGGUUGGGUUUGUCCUGCCCAGCGCCGAAAAGGACAUGUGCUUGUCAAGCUCCAACAAGGGGAUGCUAGGGCUGAUCGUCUACAUGGGCAUGAUGCUCGGAGCCAUUCUGUGGGGCGGCCUGGCUGACAAAGCGGGCCGGAAGCAGUGCCUCCUCCUGUCGCUCAGCAUCAACGCCACCUUUGCCUUCCUCUCCUCCUUCGUUCAGGGAUACGGAUCCUUCCUCUUCUGCCGCCUCAUCUCCGGCUUCGGGAUUGGGGGUUCCCUCCCCAUUGUCUUUGCCUACUUCUCGGAAUUCCUCUCGCGGGAGAAGCGAGGGGAGCACCUGAGCUGGCUUUGCAUGUUUUGGAUGAUCGGCGGCCUCUAUGCCUCCAUCAUGGCCUGGAGCAUCAUUCCGCAUUAUGGAUGGGGCUUCAGCAUGGGGACCAAUUAUCACUUCCACAGCUGGAGGGUCUUUGUGGUGGUCUGCUCCCUGCCCUGCAUCGCGUCUCUGGUGGCCCUGAAGUUCAUGCCGGAGAGCCCACGCUUUCUGUUGGAGAUAGGGAAGCACGAUGAAGCCUGGAUGGUCCUCAAACAAGUCCAUGACACCAACAUGAGAGCCAAAGGCGAGCCAGAGAGAGUGUUUACGGUGGCCAGCAUUAAAACUCCAAAGCAGUUGGAUGAAUUCAUCGAAAUACAGAGCUCCACAGGGACGUGGUACCAGCGUUUUCUAGUCAGAGCUACAACAAUCUUUAAACAGGUGAUAGACAACGUGGUGUACUGCUUGACGGCCCAGCACAGGAUGAACACGCUGUUCCUGGCAAUCGUGUGGUUUUCCAUGGCCCUAAGUUACUACGGCCUUAUCGUCUGGUUUCCUGACAUGAUUCGCUAUUACCAAGAGCUGGAGUAUAAGUCCCAUGUGAAAAUUUUUAAUGGGAAAAGCGUGAAAGAUAUCACCUUCAAUUUCACCCUGGAAAAUCAAAUCCACUGGAAUGGGACGUAUUAUAAUGACAGCUUCAUUAAAAUGAAAUUCCGAGCAGUGACUUUUGAGGACUCGGUGUUUGAGGAAUGCCUCUUUGAGGAUGUCACUUCUACCGAUACCUUCUUUAAAAACUGCACCUUCACAAACACUUUAUUCUACAACACAGACCUCUACAGGGAUAAGUUCAUUGACUGCAGAUUUCUGAAUUCCAACUUUUCCCAUGAGAAGAAGGGCUGCCACAUGGAUUUCGAGCGAGACAACGAUUUCCUCAUUUACCUCGUCAGCUUCUUGGGUAGCCUUUCGGUGCUGCCUGGCAACAUCAUCUCGGCCCUGCUGAUGGACAAGAUCGGAAGGAUCAGGAUGAUCGGGGGCUCCAUGCUGAUCUCCGCUGUUUGCUGCUUCUUCCUGUUCUUUGGCAACAGUGAGUCAGCCAUGAUUGGCUGGCAGUGUCUCUUCUGCGGUACCAGCAUCGCUGCCUGGAAUGCCCUGGACGUGAUCACGGUGGAACUCUACCCCACCCACAAAAGAGCCACGGCCUUUGGAAUACUCAACGGGAUCUGCAAAUUUGCGGCCAUCCUGGGGAACUCCAUCUUUGCCUCCUUCGUCGGGAUAACCAACGUGGUCCCCAUCCUCCUGGCUUCCUCCGCCCUGGUUGGAGGAGGCCUUCUUGCCCUGCGGCUGCCAGAAACCCGUGACCAAGUCCUCAUGUGA